UAUAUAUAGUAUAUACCGGGGGCUGAGUCUAUAUAUAGUAUAUACUGGGGGCUGAGUCUAUAUAUAGUAUAUAAUGGGGGCUGAGUCAAUAUGUAGUAUAUACUGGGGGCUGAGUCUAUAUGUAGUAUAUACUGGGGCUCAAUGUCCCAAAUGGUGCACUAUUCCCUCUAUAGUGCACUACAUUUGACCAUGGGCCCUAUUCUGUAGUGCACUACUUUUGACUAUGGGCCAUAGUCUGUAGUGCACUGCAUUUGUCCAUGGGCCCUAUUCUGUAGUGCACUACUUUUGACUAUGGGCCAUAGUCUGUAGUGCACUGCAUUUGUCCAUGGGCCCUAUUCUGUAGUGCACUACUUUUGACUAUGGGCCAUAGUCUGUAGUGCACUACAUUUGUCCAUGGGCCCUAUUCUGUAGUGCACUGCAUUUGUCCAUGGGCCCUAUUCUGUAGUGCACUGCAUUUGUCCAUGGGCCCUAUGGGCUAUUCUAUUGAAUACAAAAUAAGUCCAUAGACUCCAGUAGAAUUCAGUUGUGGAUAUUUUUAUACCUGAUUAAACUCAGUAGAAGGGCUGGUUUCUAUUGACAUAAAAUGUAUUGUUAUGUCAUGAUCUGGAUGGAACCGGUGUUUUUUAGAAUUUUGUUCUGUUCCGGAACAGUAUAGAUCCCUUUCGUUGACAGUUCUGGUUCUGUUCCUUGAAAUUCCGGUUUUCUUUUCUGUUCCCUGAACUGGUUCCAACCCCUGGUUUAGAACAUUGUAAAGUAUCCAUUAAUUAAAUAAUAAAUGCUAACAAACUGUAAUCUUCUUCUUCAUUAAAGGUGGAUGAUGUUGGUAGAUUGUCUUUAUCCUUGAAAAGUCAGUAUUGUAUCAUGGUGAUGAUAAAUCACAAGAAUAAAAGAUGCCAGACACUCACUGCAUUGUUGGAAUAUUAUAAACUGUCUGGUUUGAGCCCUGAAUGCUGAUUGGCUGACAGCCGUUGGUAUAUCAGACAGUAUGACAAAACAUGUAUUUUUACUGCUCUAAUUACGUUGGUAACCAGUUUAUAAUAGCAAUAAGGCACCUCGGGGGUUUGUGGUAUAUGGCCAAUAUACCUCCGCUAAGGACUGUAUCCAGGCAGUCCGCUUUCAGUCGUGCAUAAGAACAGCCCUUAGCCGUGGUAUAUUGGCCAUAUACCACACCCCCUCUGGCCUUAUUGCUUAAACACAAGAGGCUACUCUGGUGAAUGUUUGUAUUGAAUGGAGAGUGGUUGGGAAAUUGUUUUGCACUCCGUGUAACGUUGUGCUGGAACACGAGAGAAGGUCGACAAUCAACAGUCACUUCGAAUCAGCAAAGUAUAUGAGAAUGUCAGAACAGUUCCCACAGCAGCGGCAGAUCACUAUGACUGAAGUGGUAGCAGGGAAGACUGUGGCAAGCGCUGAAAGAAUCGAGAUCUACCCAACCUACCAUGUCUGAACCAGGUUCUGGUUGUGGUGUUCCAGCCCAGAGAAGCUCACAGCAGGGUCCAAAGUUGCUGUCAGUGAAGCUGGGGGACUGCAGUCAAACAGUGGAACUCAAUGUGAUUGUGAAGGAGGAGGGCGAGGAUAGAGAAAUCAAUGAGCGGGAGGAGGAAGAGAGAGAGGAGGACAGGGCCUCUGUUGACUCAGGAGAGAUCCCCAACCCAGACUCAGUCAAGGAGCCCAGUUCCACAGCAUCAAGACUGCCUGGUUGUGGGAGUUACCCCUGUCCUCAAUGUGGAAAGGGUUUCAGUCGAGCAGGAGACCUGAAGACUCAUCAGAGAUCGCACAGUGGAGAGAAGCCUGCCAGUACUUUCAAUGUGAUUGUCAAAGAGGAGGAGGAUGAAAAGGAAAUCUAUGAGAAGGUAAAGAGAGAAGUUAAGGAAGAGCAGGAACCUAGUGGUGUAGUUGACCCAGAUAGUCUCUCAAGACUAUCUGGUCGUGGUCGAUUCCCCUGUCAUCAGUGUGUGAAGAGUUUCCGUUCCUCAGGUAAACUAAAGAAUCAUCAAAGAGUACACACUCAAGAGAAACCAUUUCACUGUGCCACAUGUGGGAAGAGGUUCCGUGAAAAAUUCAACCUCACGGGACAUGAGAAGGUACAUAGUGGGGAGAAACCUUACCACUGCACCCAGUGUGGGAAAAGCUUCAAUCGUUCUGGAAGUCUUAAGGAACAUCAAAGAGUACAUACAGGGGAGAAGCCUUAUCACUGCUCUCUUUGUCAGAAGAGUUUUAGUCAGCCAGGAAAUCUUAGGAAACAUCAGAGAAUACAUACAGGGGAGAAGCCUUACCGUUGCUUUCUGUGCGGAAAUAGUUUUGGUUUCGCUGGAAACCUAAAGAAUCAUCAGAGAGCACACUGUGGAGAGAAGCCUUACCACUGCUCUCAGUGUGGGGAGGGAUUCCCUCAACUAAAAAGUCUUAAAAGCCAUCAGAAAAUACAUUUUGGAGAGACACCUGCCUGUACUUUCAAUGUGAUUGUCAAAGAGGAGAAGGAUGAGAAGGAAAUGAGAGAAGUUGAAGAGGAAGACAAUAGUGGUAUAGUUGACCCAGAUAUAUCAAGACUGCCUGAUCGUUACAUCUGUCCUCAAUGUGGAAAGAGUUUCAGUACCUCAAGUAAUCUUAAGAAUCAUCAAAGAGUACACACUGGAGAGAAACCUUUUCUCUGCUCUCAAUGUGGGAGGAGUUUCAGUGAGAAAGUAAACCUUAAGAGACACGAAAGAGUGCAUAGUGGAGAGAAGCCUUACCACUGCACCACAUGUGGGAAGAGCUUCAAUCAUUCAGGAAGCCUUACAAAUCAGAGAAUUCAUACAGGGGAGAAACCUUUCCACUGCUCACUGUGCGGAAAUAAUUUCCGUUUUGCUGGAGACCUAAAGAAUCAUCAGAGAUCACACAGUGGAGAGAAGCCUUACCACUGCUCUCAGUGUGGCGAGGGAUUCACUCAGCUAAGAAGUCUAAAAAGUCAUGAGAGAAUAUCCAUUGGAGGGAAGCCUGCCUGUGCUUUCAAUGUGAUUGUCCAAGAAGAGAAAGAAGUUGAGGGAGAGGAGAGUGAUGUGAAAUAAGGUGAGGUGAGGAUACAUUAGCUAACUAUAGGUAUUGAUAUUCACACCUAUCCUUGCAAUGGUGUCUUAUGUGACACCAUGGUCAUGGACAGCACCAUUUAGGGCUUUCUUCAUCUUCUUUUACUUCUAUGAGUGUAUUGGAAGUUCACAAAUAGGCCUGUAUACUGUGACUGAGUCUAUAUAGGGCUGUUUUCUGGGGCUGAGUCUAUAUAGGCCUGUAUACUGGGGCUGAGUCUAUAUAGGACUGUUUACUGGGGCUGAGUCUGUUUAUAGUAUAUACUGGGGCUGAGUCUAUAUUUGUCUACACUGGGGCUGAGUCUAUAUAUAUAGUAUAUACUGGGGCUGAGUCUAUAUAUAGUAUAUACUGGGGCUGAGUCUAUAUAGACCUAUAUACUGGGGCUGAGUCUAUAUAGGCCUGUAUACUGGGGCUGAGUCUAUAUAGGACUGUUUACUGGGGCUGAGUCUGUUUAUAGUAUAUACUGGGGCUGAGUCUUUAUAUAGCAUAUACUGGGGCUGAAUCUAUAUAUAGUAUAUACUGGGGCUCAUUGUCCCAAAUGGGGCACUAUUCCAUCUAUCUCUCAUAGACUCCAGUAGAAUUCAGUUGUGGAUAUUUUUUAUACCUGAUUAAACUCAGUAGAAGGGCUGGUUUGUAUUGACAUAAAAUGUAUUGUUAUGUCAUGAUCUGGAUGGAACCGGUGUUUUUUAGAAUUUUGUUCUGUUCCGGAACAGUAUAGAUCCCUUUCGUUGACAGUUCUGGUUCUGUUCCUUGAAAUUCCGGUUUUCUUUUCUGUUCCCUGAACUGGUUCCAACCCCUGGUUUAGAAUAUUGUAAAGUAUCCAUUAAUUAAAUAAUAAAUGCUAACAAACUGUAA